GGGCGUCUGGCUCCAAAUUGACUGGAGGGAGCAUGUGGGUCAGCGGGGCACAGUGCGGGGCUCGAAUCUCGGCUCGCCUGUCCCGGGGGCUGUUCCACAACUCUGGCCGCCGCCGACCUGCAUUCACCAACUACUCUGCUUCUGCCAAGUCCUCCUGGGUGCGGGCGCUGGUCUAUGGGCACCACGGGGACCCAGCCAAGGUCAUCGAACUGAAGAACCAGGAGCUAGCUGCAGUGGGCGGAUCAGAUGUCCAUGUGAAGAUGCUGGCGGCCCCUAUCAAUCCAUCUGACAUAAAUAUGAUCCAAGGAAAUUAUGGCCUCCUUCCCAAGCUGCCUGCUGUUGGCGGGAACGAAGGUGUCGGACAGGUGGUGGCAGUGGGCAGCAAUGUGACUGGAGUGAAGCCAGGAGAUUGGGUGAUUCCAGCAAAUGCCGGUUUGGGAACCUGGAGGACUGAGGCUGUGUUCAGUGAGGAAGCACUGAUUGGAGUUCCAAGUGACAUCCCUCUUCAGAGUGCUGCCACCCUGGGUGUCAAUCCCUGCACAGCCUACAGGAUGCUGAUGGACUUUGAGCAGCUGCGGCCAGGAGAUUUUGUCAUCCAGAAUGCAUCCAACAGUGGAGUGGGGCAAGCAGUCAUCCAGAUUGCUGCAGCCCUGGGCUUGAGAACCAUCAACGUGGUCCGAGACAGGCCUGACAUCCAGAAGCUAACGGACAGACUCAAGAAUCUGGGGGCUGAUCAUGUUGUCACAGAAGAGGAACUAAGAAAGCACGAGAUGAAAAACUUGUAUAAGGAUGCGCCCCAGCCUCGGCUUGCUCUCAACUGUGUCGGUGGGAAAAGCUCCAUAGAGCUGUUGCGGCACCUAGCGCCUGGAGGAACGAUGGUGACCUAUGGGGGGAUGGCCAAGCAGCCAAUCACUGCCUCUGUGAGCAUGCUCAUAUUUAAGGAUCUCAAACUUCGGGGCUUCUGGUUGUCCCAGUGGAAGAAGAACCACAGUUCAGACCAGUUCAAGGAUCUGAUCCUCACACUGUGUGACCUCAUCCACCGAGGCCAGCUCACAGCUCCUGCCUGCUCUGAGGUCCCACUGCAGGACUACCAGCACGCCUUGGAAGACUGCAUGAAACCCUUUGUGUCUUCAAAGCAAAUUCUCACCAUGUGACAGCUCUAGAGGAGCCAGCAUGAAGUGGGAAGGGAGACUGAUCAGCAGGCCUGAUUUCAGACCCCACCUCCCGGGCCUCAGCCUUCCCCAGGCUGCUCUUCUCACUGACACUUGCAACUUUGACAAUUGUGAAGCCAGCCAAAGUUUCCUUCCAGGUAUCUAAAAUAAAGUCUAAACUUUC